AUGAGGGCUCCCGGUGUUCUCUGUGUGGGCUCGGCCAGAGGCGAGGUGUGUAAAGAUGCUGUCGCUUUCGCCAGGUUGGCCUUCCUAACCAGCCCCUCAGCCCUGGCGCAGAUUCCCUCCGGGUCCGGCUCCCGUCCCUGUCUCCCUCCACGUCGUCCGCCCCCUCCCCCAUGUGCGGGCAUCCCAUCCUCUGGCUUGACCAAUUCUUUCCAGAUCUGGCUUUCUCUCGUGCCACUGCUCUCACCAGCUCGCCGACGCGUCCGCCCCUGCCCCUGCCUCGCCCCCGUCCUCUGGUGGCCGCCCUUGCUGCCGCGUUUUGCGGUUGGUGGCCUGCGGCUCGUUCGUCCGCGCGUUCCUGAAGCACUUGCUGCCGGCUUGUACCCGCCCGCCUUCUCCGUUCCGCCUGGCUCGCCGCCAGCACCGCUUCCUCCUCUUGUGCCUCCUCUUCUGCCCGCUCUGUCACACGUCAUUCCGCCUCACCCUCCUCCCGGGCCUCGCGGCGCUGCUGUGAUGACGGGAAAGCGCCCGCGGCGGGGUCGUGCGGCUGAGCGCUCUGCUGUUCCCACCCCGCCAGAGGCCCCGGCCGAGCUGGCGCCAGUCCUGCUCCGAGCCGCCGCUGCCCUGGUCGCGCGCGAGGGGGCCGGAGCCCCCUCCCGUCCACGGGAGCCGGUGUAUCAUUCGCCCCGCGGGCGCACCCAUCCUCAUCUGCGGGCCCGAGGUGGUUCCUUCCGCCGUCGCCGGCCGCCCCGGCCCCCGCUUGCCCCGCAGCGGCAGAUCGUUGGUCCACAUCUCUCGGCGCCCCCUCCGCUGGACCUGCAGCAAUCUCUACUUCCGCCUCCUCUGCCGUCGUCACAGCAGUCGUCCCAGCAGCAGUCGUCUGGUCCAACUGCCUCGUCCCCUGUGGUGGCCUCACCUGCGUCAACGUCGGCGCCGCAGCUGUCGUCUGGCGACGCUGCUCCUCCUCUACUACCGUCGCCGCCGCCGCCACUUCCCGCCGCCUCUCCUCCUCCCGUCGAGCCUCCGCAGCGGCAGCAUCCCCUGGUUCUGUCUGGGCCUGCUCCUGAAGCUCGCUUUCCUCCUCCUCGCGCCCGAUCUCCUGAGCUUCCCCCGGAUGCUCCUGACCCCGAGGACGACGAGCGGUGGUGGAAUGGGGAGCUGUGGGAGUCCCCCCCCCAGCCCGCGACUCUGUGGGGCCGCGAGUGGGACAUCCAGUGCGAUGUUGUGAAGGACAUCCUACGCUGGGAGAAGCGGAUGGUGGCUGUUGGGGAGUGCAUGUCUCACGUGGCGACUGUUCUCGAGCAGCUGCACGCCGGCUUGGUGGCACGGAACCUCGUUCUCCGUGACCCUCAGUUGACGGAGCCCCAGCAGGGUGUUGUCCGGGCUGCGGCGGCGCAGGGUCUCUGGCGCCUCCUCCGUUUGCCCCUGGAGCCCGAGUUCCCCGAGCAGGACGAGGGUCCUGGCGCGUGGGCUUUCCGGCGGGUAGCCAAGGCUGCAGAGGAGUCUCCCCUCGAGCUCGUGCCCGCGCUCGCUGUUCUCUUGCGCUGGAUGCGUCGGCGGUUUUACGUGCUGAACCGCGUGUAG